AUGUCGGCGACCCAGGUGACAGCAGGCGGGAUUGCACCGAGCUACGGCUACUUCAAAUUUACGCCGGAUAGGGUCUUGCUGCUGACCUUCACGGUCAUAUCGCGGUGCUGCUCGCCGGGCGUGCAAAUCGCCCUGAAGUCGUGCAGGGAGCACCUCGACGCCGGCCACCGGGCGUGGCACUUCAUCGAGUCGACUUACCAAGUCACCGACGACUUGUUCAUCGCCCAGCUUGAGGGGCAGCUGACGCACCUGCGUAUGGGCGACCAGGAGACGGCGACGGACUACUGCAACCGAGCUCGGCGAAUUCUCGCCACCAUCAGGAUGGCCGGCGCGCAGUACUCGACGGCGUCGUACGUCACCCACGUCAUGCAGGGACUCCCGAGCAGCUACAACCUGCUGAAGCGGUUGUCAUUGGCGCCGAGCACGCGGGCAACACUCAACGAGGACACGUUGACCUCGUACAUUCUGCAGGACGAGGCGAUGCAGGAGGCCGAGCGGUCCCAGGAGCUCCUGGCGCAGCCAGCCAAGGAUGUUGACAAGAAGAAGUCGACCAAGGACAGCGGUCGAGGAGGAGGAAGUCGACGUCGGGAGUGCUGGCUGUGCGGCGACCCCGACCACCUCUCCUUCAAAUGCCCCGACCGCACUGACUCAGACGACGAUGACAAGGGAUGCUGCUGGAGUUCUGGUAGCCGUCGUCCUCGUCGAGGAGGAAAUAGGCAGCGCAAGGAGAAGCAGUCGACCACGUCGACCACGGCGAAGGACGCCGACUCCUCUGCUGGCGGCAAGGGGCGGGACGACAAGUCGGCGUCGUGCUCUCUGGUCGGCGUCGUGGAGCCGACCGUCUCGCUGGCACCGGAGGCCGGAGAGGACUUCCAGGCGGUGGCGGCAGCUGUGCAGGCGAAUCAGGUGGUGGUUCUGCUCGACAGCGGCUCCUCGCACGACCAGAUGGGGACGAAGGACACCUUCGUCGACUUGGGGCCGAGCGGCGACGUGAAGCACGUGCGCGGCUUCAAUGGGGCGCUGCAGGACGUCCAGGGUCGCGGCACUGUCGCCCUGCAAGGGGAGGCCGGCAUCCCCGACGUACUCUACGUUCCGGGCUCGACGUCUGGCGCCGACUCGCCGUGUGUGUCGUGCGUCGUCGGGAAGCUGGCGAGGCACACCUUCCCCGACCAGGGCUCCGACGCCGACGACGUGCUGGCCGUCGUGCACAUCGACCUGUGCGGGCCAUUCCGCGUGGCUGCCAAGGACGGCAGCCUGUACUUCCUGCUGCUGAAGGACUGCAAGACCCGCUACGUGUGGGUGAGGCCGGUCGCCAAGAAGUCCGACGUGCUGCGGGAGUUCGAGCAGUGGCUGGUGAUGGCGGAGCGACAGACCAAGAAGUCGGUGCUGAUGCUACGUUCUGACCGGGGAGGGGAGUUCCUCGGAAAGGACUUCACCGCCCUCGUGGACGGCAAGGGGAUCCUCCACGACCUGACCUGCCCCUACACCCCGCAGCAGAACGGCAUGGCGGAGCGGGAGAUGCGGACGGUGGUGGAGUCGGUGCGGACGAUGCUGCUGCACAUGGGCGUGCAGCACCACUGGUGGCACCUUGCUCUGCGGCAGGCCGUCUGGGUCCGCAACUGCCUUGAGAGGUCGGCGCUGCCGCCGGGGACGACGCCGUACCAGCUGCUCACCGGGAAGAAGCCCGACUUGUCGCUGGCACGCGUGUGGGGCUGCAUGGCGCAGUUCCUCGUCCCCGAGCAGCAGCGUGGUGGGAAAUUGAGGCCGAAGGCCCGGUGGGGCCUUCAUCUCGGCGUGUCGGAGGAGAGCAAAGGCUGGGAGCUCCUCGACAUCGCCGACAACCGGGUGGUCACCUCGUCGGACGUGGUGUUCUACGAGGACAUGUCGCUGGAGGUGUGGAAGUCGGAGCACGGGCCGGUGUCAGGACGGACGCCGACAACCUCGCCGACCGACACCUCGACGGCGACGCUGCCUCUGCUCGCCGAGGUCGGUGAGCUUGCUGCUGAGGACGCCGAGGUCGUCCGUCCUCCUACCCCUGCCCCUCCCCUCGUGGCCGACCUGCGCGGGCUGACUCCGGUGUCGGCCUCCGGCGAUGAGGGGAGUAGUGGGACGUCGCCUUCGGCGCCGGCCAAGAGCAUCGUCGGUGGCCGACGUGACGAGCAGCAAGUCGACGUGGGAGUGAAGUCGACGUUGAUAGGGGAGGAGCAGGUCGAGCAGGCAGCAGUGAAGCCGACCACGGUGCAGUCGGCAACCAGGCAGACCAUAAGGGAGACGUCGGCUGGGACGCCGACCGAGGUGCAGCAGGACGACGAGGGCAGUGAGGCCGGUGACGAUGGAGGCCGACUUCGGAGGCCUCCCGACUUCUUCGUCCCGGCUGCCUUCACCACGGUGUAUGACGUGGUCGACGAGGACGACGACCUGCUGUACGACGACGCCGAGGAGGAUGAAGACCUGCCGGAGCUCGACCCCGACAUGCACGCCGACCCCGAGCACCGCUGGGACAUCUCAACGAUGACGGUGAAGGAGGCGCUGGCGAGCUGGAAGGGCCCGGCGGUAAAGUCCGCCAUGGAGGAGGAGAUCCGCAGCCUCAUCGGCAUGGGGACGUGGGAGCUGGUCGAACGCCCGCCGGGAGUGAACAUCAUGAAGAACCGGUGGGUGCUGACGACGAAGUACCGCAUUGACGAGACUGUCGAGCGCGAGAAGGCGAGAUUGGUCGUGAAGGGCUUCACGCAGGUGUAUGGCGCCGACUACGACGAGACGUACGUGCCGGUGAGCAGCUACGUCACGCUGAGGAUCUUCCUCAGCAUCGUCGCCGUCCUCGACCUCAACCUGAUGCAGCUCGACAUGAAGAACGCCUUCUUGCAGAGCAAGCUCGACCGAUUGCUGUACAUGUACCAGCCGGACUACUUCAACGACGGGUCCGGCCGGGUGUGCAAGCUGCUAAAGAGCCUCUACGGGCUGAAGCAGUCGCCGCUGCUGUGGUACAAGGCUCUCAACGACGUGUUGGUCGGCGCCGGGUGGAAGAAGAGCCAAGUCGACGAGGCUCUGUACUUCAAGGUCGAUGACGACAAGGUGACCUGCUGGGUGCUGGUCUACGUCGACGACCUGCUCGUCGCCAGCUGCAGUACCGAGAUGCUGAAGGAGCUGAAGGAGCUACUGGAGUUCGCCUUCGAGCUGCGGGAGAUCUCGCCGGUGCAGAAGUACCUUGGGCUGGAAAUCGUUCGCGACAGGUCGGCGGGGAAGCUGUGGCUGCAUCAGCAGGGCUACGCCGACAAGCUGCGUAGGCGCUUCCUCGACCAGGAGCAGACCGGGCGCACCCCGAAGACGCCGGUUUCGGUCGACGCCUAUGUCGAGCUCACCUUCAAUGACAAGGAGGCGCAGGAGCGCCAGGAGGAGGAGUACCGGCAGAAGGUCAGCUCGCUGCAGUUCGCGACGAAGACGACGAGGCCGGACAUCGCCUUCGCCUGCAGCAAGCUGGGAAGCGGCCUCACGGUGAGGAGCGACCAACACUGGCGCGAGGUCGACCGCUGCCUCGCCUACCUCGCCAACACGCGUGACACCGCCCUGGAGUUCGGCGGUGGACCUGAGUCGCUGAAGCUGGUCGGCUACGUGGACGCCGACGACACCGGCGACAAGCAAAAUCAGACGAGCACGGGCGUCUACGUCGUCUUCGGAGGGGCCGCAGUCUCCUGGUCGAGCCAGCGCAUCAAGUGCGCGACGCUGUCAUCGACCGAGUCGGAGUACGUGGCGGCCGUUGAAGCCGGCAAGGAGGGAUGCCGCCUCCGCUUCCUUCUUGCAGAGUUCCGGCAGCUGGACGCCGGGAAGCCGACUGUCCUCCGGGUGGACAACAAGUCGGCCAUCACAGUCGCCGAGGGCAUGGGGUUGACGGGCAACCUCAAGCACAUGGAGCGGCGACAGGCCUGGCUGCAGCAUAUGGUGAAGCGCGGGAAGUUUGCGUUGAGAUACAUCCCGACCACCGACCAGCCAGCCGACUUCCUGACGAAGGCGCUGCACUAUCCGGCCUUCAACCGGUGCUCCGUCGCGAUCGGCCAAGUGCGCCUGGCCGAAGUCGGCGACGGCGACAACGACGUGCAGCAGUAG